AUGAACGACAGUUUUCACGAGUCCCAACAGGCCUCUGGAAGCCGCGGUGCCUCCAUCAACAAUCUACCAAAUGAAAUCCUCAGGGAGAUCUUCUGCUAUGCGAUGAUGAACGAUCCACUUCCUAGGAGGUAUCGUCCAGGUGCCGCCGGCGAUAUACAGCCAGAUGCCCGACAAUGGAAAACAGCAAUGGCGAAAAGUCAAGCAACGGCACAUGCGAUCUCCCUCGUCUCCCGCCAGUUCAACGAAAAUGCCAAACCUUUCUUCUUUAGAGACAUUUUACUUGUGCGAAACGAAUUGGACAUCCGGGAUUGGGCAGAAAAACCAGAUAGUCCUGCAUAUGGAAAAUACUGCAGAUCACUGUGUCUGGUUUCCAGUCGCGUCUGGGUGCCUCCUACUACCGAGAAUGGAGAAAUUGAAAGCGACGACUCUGAAACUCAGUGGGAGACCUUUUCCAAUCGAAGCCGCUUUGCUUAUCCCGAGCAUUCGAUUCUCUACGACAUCUAUGCCUUACUAGACAACGUCAUCGACUUUCAAAUACAUUGCGAUAGGACGAUAGGAACGCCCUACUUCGCGGUAGCAUUCUCACUUCUACCGGCCAUCAGUAUCAUUCGAAUUACAGGUCAGGAGGCCGCAGGAACUGUGCCGUUCACACGAUUACUCACAAGUCCCGAAAUGGGCACACGUCAACUCGAGAUCCUGCUGGCUUGGCCCAAACGUCUCGAGCGACUCGCGCUUCAAACAAACAAACAGCGGCUGUCUGAUGAUGUGGAUCGUGGAACUUUACAAAAGCCACUGGACGUUGUCAAAGACAAUCUUAAACAGCUUCGAAUUGAAGGCGACGAUGAGCUUGGACUCGGCGGUUUUGACCUAAGAACCUUCCCAUGCCUUGAGCAUGUUGCGCUUUGUACUGCGACUAUAUCGAACUAUAACCAGAAUCCGCGCAACGGGACGAAACUGCCUGAACUUGACCUGCACAUCUUUGCGCCCAGACUUCGUAGUCUCUUAUGGGUGCUGCCUUGGUGGGAGCAGAAGCAACCCAAGGUCAAGGACUUUUUCGGAAAGAGGCACGAGGAUCGGCUGAGAGGGUUGUUGCAAAAGGCUGUGGAAGUGAAAAGAGCCAGAGAGGGAGAGGGAAAGGAGUGGUGCUUUGAGAGGGUGUGGUUGGAGACUAUCAGAGCGCCGCUGGAGACCCUGGAGCAGAAGGCUCGACGGAAUUUUGAGAAGGAUUUGAAGAGGAUCAAAGAUCUGGAUGAUGAGUUUAAAGGAGAGGGCAUCAGAGUUCGGCAUUUACCAUUUCCUAGGGCAAGCACCAACGCUGAGAGGAGGUUUCCCAGGUUGGAAGAAGUUUGGGAUUGGGAUGAGGAAGCUCUUCGACGGUGCGAAGUUUGA